GAUACACAGUUAAGAUCAGUGGAUCUGAAUCACGUCAUCAAACUACUUCAAGAUUCAGACUCAAAAGAUUUGGAAAAAGAGCAGCUGAAAAUUCUCAAGAAGGUAAUCAAGCGUUUUGAAAAUGGGCUUCCCCUUAAGGAUUUAGCACAAAUAAUUGAAAUUCUUAACCUGUGUGCAGAAAAAAUGAAUGAACAAGAAGCUUUCACUGAGCCUUUAUGUGAACUUAUUAAAUUAUGUGGAUUACCAUUUCAAAAAAAGAAAUUAUCUGAUGAAGUAAGCUAUUCCAUGGCAGUUUCAAAAUGUAUUGCACAACUGGGUUAUUUGAUGAGGGUGCCAAGUUCUCAAGUUAGAAUUCAAAUCUGUAAGUGUGUUGUUAGCUUUUAUAAUAUGGAACUACCAAGGAAACUACCUUCAGGUUGCCAGCCAACAAGUGCAAACUAUAAAAUUCAGAUGGCUGAAUUAGGAGGAUUAGCAGAAACUCUUGUUUUGUCACUGGCAUUAGUUGAGAAUCAACUUACUGAGAAGUUGUGGGUACUUAAAGCUCUCCAGUAUCUCUCCAGCUCUGGAGUAAAUUGCAGACUUAUGAUGAAGGCCCAAGCAGCCAGCAGACUCUGUUUGUAUCUAAAUGGUGUUGAUCCCUCAGGACAGCUGGUGUUCCGCUCCUCAGAAAUCCUAUGGAACCUGUUAGAAAACACUUCAAAAGAAGAAGUUGUUAAUCAGCUCAGUAGCUUGGAAUGUGUACAUGCUUUGAAAGAAGUAUUUGUAGACCUUCUCAUGCAUGGUUUCCGGCAUUAUGAUCGUCAGCUACGGAAUGACCUCUUGGUGAUUGCCACAUUACUAGCUGAAAACCCUGCAGCACCUAUGAUUGAAAGUGGAUUUACAAAGCUGUUAAUAGUACUUGCAACAUUAUAUGAAGUUAAAAUUCCCAAUCCCUUGGUAAAAGGUCUUAAACUUACCUACUCUUAUGAGGACUUCGAGAUGAAGAAGUUACUAUUUAAUUUAAUAGGAGUCUUAUCUAAAGACCCAUGUGCUGUACAGCUUCUCAGUGAAAAUGAUGUGAUGCCAGCUUUGCUUUGUUAUGUAAAACCCAGUCAAAAGCCUGGAUUUCAUGACUGGUCUGCUGCCCAAUAUGAAGAAUUACAGCUUCAUGCAAUUGCUAUUUUAGCUUCAGUGGCUCCCUUGUUAGUAGAUAAAUAUUUGUCCUGCCAAGCAAAUACUCUUCUCCUUGUGUUUCUAGAAUGGUGUAUAGGCCAAGAUCCUUUCUUUGGUCAAGGUAACAGUUUCCAUGGAACAGGUGGUCGUGGCAACAAACUUGCACAAAUGCGCUACAGCCUGAGAGUGCUGAGAUCUGUUGUGUCCCUUUAUGAUGAUGCUGUGAACCUUAAUUUGUGUGACCAAGGAGCAAUUAGCCAGCUAUUGGACAUCCUAAAGUAUGCAGCAAACAAAUCUAAAGAGAAAGAAGAUGCCAUUCUACUGGAAAUCCAAGCUGAUAUAUUAUUUCUUUUGUCUGCUCUCUGUGAAAAUGAUCUCCACAGAAAGGAACUCUUCAGCUAUGAAGGAGUGGAUAUACUUAUCCCAUUCAUUCAGAUGGAUCCAAAGAAGUUAUAUAGUGGAUUAGGCCACAACUGUCUCCUCUUCAGUGCACUCGACUGCUUGUGGUCCUGUGUCAUUGGAUGUUACACUGCAGAGGAUUAUUUUCUUGAAAAACAGGGCAUUUUUCUCCUUCUGGAUUUGUUGGCAUUAAAGCAAAAGAACCUGUACAAUAUAAUUCUUGGAAUCUUGGUUGAAUUUUGUGACAACCCUAAAACCACUUCACACAUCAGUACCUGGCGAGGGGAGAAAGAUCAAACAGCAGCUAACCUUCUAAUACAGCUAUGGAGACAGGAGGAGUUGGAGCUAGGAGUCAAACGUGAUCGAUAUGGAAGGAUUGUUGACAUGAAGAGACCUAUUGCUAGCAGCUUCCAGAAACAGCAGGAGGUCAUCCCCAUGCCUGCCAACUGUCCCAGCUUUGCCAUCGUGGAAAUUUCAGAAAACAUACGGGCAAAACUUUAUUCAUUAUUGUGCAAGCUAGGUUUUGAAACCUUACCUGGCUUAUCUGCUAAGGAUUUUGUCACACUUGCUAUCAUACAGCAUUAUAUUGACUUUAAAGUUGGAGAAGUUUGGAGUGAACUGUGUGCAGAACUAAAAGAAGAAUUCAAGCCCGUUGGGUCGGAUGAGGAAGCCUUGAAAGUUAUUUCAGAGAUAUCAGAAGAUACUGGAAGAAUGGUUGCUGCUCUGCAGACUGAAGUGCUUGAAAGUCAACAUCACAAAGAAAUCCAAGAGGAGGAAAAAACAUACACAAAGAUUCAAGCUAUCCAUAAGCAGAGAGAAAUGGUAAAUAAAUCUUGGGAAAAUUUCUUGACUCGAACAUCAAACUACGAGGCAUUGAAGAAAGCGAAAAGGCUUCAGGAAAAGUCAAUAGAGGCUUCCAGAUCUAAAUCAAAGACUCAAAAUGGAGCAGUCCAUUCUACUGAUAUUAAAGGCCUUGGUACAACAAUUGGAUCUGGUCGCUUAGUAACUGUUGAAAGUACACCUCCUCAGUUAAUUGGAGGGCCACUGGCUGUUACAGACCUUGCUGUUAGAAAGCCCUCUGUUUGUGAAGGAGCCUUAAAAAAGAUCAAAAGAGUUAAAACGUUGGACUCAGUCAAGAAAGAUUUGGUGCAAGUAGAAUAG